AUGCAUACUUGUGCUCCUCCUUCUCAUCACUUUACCCCUCUAAAAUUCCCUGAACUUCAUAGCUCCUCGAAGCUUAAUAAUUUGCAGGUUUUGAGGUCGUUUGGUUUGAGUAAGAGAAACUUUAAGGUGUUUGCAGUGGCUGCAUCAUCGCCAUCAAGCAUGAGUGAGGCCUCUAAUUAUAUACCUGCUGCCCCCAUUUUUCUUCCUGAAGGACCAUGGGAACAAAUUCCAGGCGGAGUUACUGCUGCAAAGGGGUUCAAAGCUGCAGGGAUAUACGGUGGAUUACGUGCCUUAGGAGAGAAACCUGAUCUUGCGCUUGUUACUUGUGAUGUUGAUGCUACAGCUGCAGGAGCAUUCACUACCAACAUGGUUGCUGCUGCACCAGUAUUAUACUGUAAAACUGCAUUAGAUAUUUCAAAAACGGCACGUGCAGUGUUAAUAAAUGCUGGUCAAGCAAAUGCAGCAACGUGGGUCGAGUCUCACAUGGUUAAGAUACCUACCAUUUAUGCCCAGGGUGAUGCAGGUUACCAAGACGUGCUAGAAUCUGCUGGUGCCCUUGCUAUGUUGCUUAAAUUGAAGCCAGAGGAAGUAUUGAUUGAAUCCACUGGUGUCAUAGGUCAAAGAAUAAAGAAGGAAGCACUUCUAAAAUCACUUCCAAAACUUGUUAAUUCUUUGUCACCAUCCAUUGAAGGGGCAGGUUCUGCAGCCGUUGCAAUCACAACGACUGAUCUUGUAAGCAAGAGUGUGGCCGUUGAGUCUCAGGUAGACGGGGAUGCUAGUACAAAUGAUACAGUCAUUGCUUUGGCUAGUGGGUUAUCUGGAUCGACCUCAAUAUCUAACAUAAACUGCCAUGAGGCAAUGCAACUUCAAGUGUGCCUUGAUGCAGAUUUGGUUUUGAAAGGGCUACGAGCUGUGGCCCAUAAUUGUAUAGGGGCUGUAGACUCAUUCAGUUCACAUCUUGUAAUGCAAGGUCUUGCAAAAUCAAUAGCUUGGGAUGGAGAAGGAGCUACAUGUCUAAUUGAGGUCACAGUAACUGGGGCAGAAAGUGAGGCUAAAGCAGCAAAAAUUGCACGCUCAGUAGCAUCUUCUUCUCUUGUCAAGGCAGCUGUGUACGGCAGAGAUCCAAACUGGGGACGCAUUGCUGCUGCUGCUGGCUAUGCCGGAACCCCUUUCCACCAAAACAAUCUCCGCAUUGUGCUGGGAGAUAUUUUGCUGAUGGAUAAUGGACAGCCACUUUCAUUUGACAGGUGA